AUGAUGUCUCAGACUCUCAGAGCCUCGCGCUCCCUCUUCUCCCGCGCCUCUCGGCAACAGGUUUCUGUCGCUCGCCGCAGCUUCAUGAACUCCGCUAUCCGUCGGGCGGACCCCGUUCAGGAGCUCUACCUCCGCGAGCUGAAGGCCUACAAGCCCACCCCCGUCAAGCCUGGUGACGCCGAAGCCCACGUCCAGAAGUUCACUGCCCCCAAGGCUCCCCAAUCCCCCGAGGAGGCCAACCUCGCCGGCGAGCUGUCCGCCUACGAGAGCCAGGAGGUUGAGGUUGAGGGCCAGGCCGCUAGCGGCGAGGCUGCCCCUGUUGAGGAGCACUGGUUCGUUGAGCCCGAGGAGGAUGAGGCUCCUGCCCACUAG